UGCGAACCGGUACCACCUGAGGACUUGAAGCGCCACUUGGAAACUCCUCUUUUGAUGGACCGAGGAAAAGAAGGUUCAAAUUGACGUUCAAACUUCGCGCAUCAAAAUCAGAAAAAUUGAAUUAUUUUGAAAUUUUGGUGAUUAUUGUUUUGUUUAAAUGUUCUUAUUGUCAAUAUUUCGUCAAAAAUUCAGAAUAAAAUACCCUGAGGCUCUUUCACUUCAAUUCUACUUGACGGUGGAAAAUUUUGGUCCGUUUUGCUCUUUUUUUCUUCUUUUCGUCUUUUAUCUUCUACCAGGGUCCAUCCGUUUUACUUUGUUUUGUGUCAGCUGUUUUGGGAAAUACAAUCAACCGAUUCGAUUGAUUGAAUUUUCAUCAGCAUGGGAGAUUUCAUUGGACCUGUUAUACCAGGACAUUUGAAGGAAAAUGCUAAUCAAAAUGAAGAAGAUGAAGAAUCAGGUGUGAUCGGACCUGCGUUGCCUCCUGGAUGGAAAAGAGAUGAAGACAUUUCCAGUGAUUUCGGAAUGAGUGAUAAAGUCAUUGGACCCAUUUUACCUCCGAAUUUCGCGAAAAAAAGACCUUUGGAUGAUGACGAUAACAUCGAGGGUCCAGUUAAAAGCAACAAGUCGAAAGGAUUAGGACCGAAAGUCAUUGGACCCACAUUGCCAUCUGAUUUUAUCAACAAACCGAGUUCAACUCUAUCCUCUGAAACUUCAUCCAAUCAAUUGAUCUCUUGUGAUGAGAGUAGUAAUGAUGAAGAUGACGAAUUUACAAUCGGACCACUACCACCAAGUGGAAAUUUUAUUGAAGUCGAAGAAAGUCGUCAUUCUAAAUCUCAGCAAGUUGCAUCAGGAUCGAAAGGCCCUCAAAGGGAAGAAUGGAUCGCACGUUUGCCCGAAAAUAGUUCAGUCGCUCAUAAAUUAGGCUUCGGCAAAUCCAUGACAAGUUUUUCUUCCAAACCAGUUUCCAUCAAAGAAAUCACUCCAGUCGAUCAUGAUAACGAAUUAGAUAAGGCAGUUGAUGAAUUUAAUAAAACAACCAGACCCGAAGCAUUGGUUGAUCUUCACAAGAAGAAAAUGAAACACAAGAAAAAAGAAAAAGAUGAAGCACCAACUCGUCAAUUAUUUGAUUUCAAUCCAGAGGAAGAUUUGAAACUGAGGCAAUUAGAUUCGAAACAAACUAAAUCGAUCAUGGAAAAAGCUAAAUUACUCAAUUCGAGAUUUUCAAAUCCUCGAGGUCAAAACAAAUUCUUGUAAAUCAAUUAUCAUGGAAUCAAUAAGCUGUUAAUUGUAGUUAAUCAGAAACAUCUUCUAAUCAUCAAGUUAACAAUCAAAUAAACAAAUACAAUCAUGAUAAGAAAAUGAUGUUUCUUUCAAACUAA